UGCCGAUGAAAUAUAAUCAUUGGAUGUUUGAUCUUUGAAUUUAUUUUUUUGGAAAGUAGACUUGCAUGUUCAGUUUGUUCCAAAUUUCUAAGAAAUUUUCUUUCUUUCUCUCUAUUUGUCUAUCUCACUUUUGCUAAGAAAAUUUUGUAGAAUUGUUCAUUUUCUGAAGUUUCUUGGACUUUUUAGUUCUUGACUUGACUUGAGCCUUUAUCUUUGUCCUCGUUCAAAAAAUAAACAACAAGAAGAAGAAGAUUCUACGUUUGGUAUGGGAGUCAAUUUGCUGAUAAUACACGGAAGAAGGAAGAAAAAAUUAGACUUUUUUUACGAAACACCGGAUCUAUUUAUUCUCAUGAAUUAAAGGCGUGAAAAAUAUUCUAUCUUUGCAUUUAUGUUCCUGCCAAACUGAAUAGAUUGGGUCUUUCAAUUUUGAAGAUGACUGUGAUGGCACUAAGCCAAAGCUCACUGAUAUGGUACAUAUAAUUUUCUAUGGUUUAUGCAUAAUCCAGACGUCUUCAUUACAGAUCAACGUGAUAUAGUUAAAGAAAAUUCAAGCCCUCCUGUUUUAUUGUCAUGAGAACCGGUUGCCAAUAUUGUUCGGGUGCUUCAGUCACUCUGUUAUAGUAGAGACACUAAUUUGAUACUCUGGUAUCUAUUUUUACAAUGCAAGCAUCCGAACGUCAUAGAAGUUCAAGCAUGCACUAUCAACUGAUGCAACAAACUGAGGCCUACUGCUUACCGCAGUAUCAAGCGCUAUACGGAAAUGACAUUAGAAGCCAUGGAACCCACUUCUCUACUCCAUGUUCUUCUGAACUCUAUUGCACAUUGGAGUCCUCCUCUGCGACUGGGAUUUUCCAUGUUUAUGACUCGCCUUCAACUGUCAGUUUCUCGCCUAGUGGGAGCCCAAUCUCGCAGCAAGAUUCUAAAUCAUACUCGUACCCAUCUGAUCAACAUCAGUCUCCAGACAAUACUUACAGCUCUCCAAUGAGUGGUUCCUGUGUAACUGAUGAUUUGCAUAGCUUCCAGCACAAAUUGCGAGAGCUGGAAAGUGUAAUGUUUGGCCCUGACUCUGAUAAUAUUGAUAGCUAUGACAGCACCAUCAAGGAAGGAAUUAACUUUCUUUGGCCUGAAAUGGAUGGCUGGAGGCAAACAAUGGCGGUAAUUUCUAGUAAGGACCUGAUACAGGUUCUAGUCGCAUGUGCAAAAGCCGUUUCAGAUAAUGAUUUGUUAAUGGCUCAAUGUUUGAUGGAUGAAUUACGCCAAAUGGUGUCAGUUUCUGGUGAACCAAUUCAUAGGUUGGGAGCAUAUAUGUUGGAAGGGCUUGUAGCUCGAUUGUCUGCCUCGGGGAGUUCAAUCUACAAGGCUUUAAGAUGCAAAGAACCGGCGAGUGUUGAGCUUCUCUCAUAUAUGCACAUACUUUACGAGGUCUGCCCCUACUUCAAAUUUGGUUACAUGUCUGCAAAUGGAGCCAUUGCUGAAGCUAUGAAAGAUGAGGAGAGAGUUCAUAUUAUUGAUUUCCAAAUUGCUCAGGGAAGCCAAUGGAUUACUUUGAUUCAGGCUUUUGCUGCUAGACCUGGGGGACCACCCCACAUCCGAAUUACAGGUAUUGAUGAUUCUACAUCAGCUUAUGCUCGUGGAGGAGGACUAAACAUAGUGGGAAAGAGACUAUCAAAGUUGGCUGAGAAAUUCAACGUGCCAUUUGAAUUUCAUGCUGCAGCUAUCUCUGGCUGUAAUGUUCAGCUGCAUAAUCUCGGGGUUCGACCAGGGGAGGCUCUCGCUGUGAAUUUCGCAUUCAUGCUACAUCACAUGCCUGACGAAAGUGUCAGCACCGAGAAUCACCGUGAUCGACUGCUGCGCUUGGUGAAGAGCUUGUCUCCGAAGGUGGUGACACUUGUUGAGCAAGAAUCAAAUACAAACACUGCACCUUUCCUCCCUCGCUUCCUCGAAGCUCUGGACUACUACAAAGCUAUGUUCGAGUCGAUUGAUGUGACUCUUCCCAGAGAUCACAAAGAGCGAAUUAAUGUGGAGCAGCAUUGCUUGGCGAGAGAUGUUGUUAACAUCAUAGCUUGUGAAGGAGUCGAGAGGGUGGAGCGGCACGAGGUGCUCGGCAAGUGGAGGGCCAGAUUUGCAAUGGCUGGUUUCACGCCUUACCCUCUGAGCUCAUUGGUGAAUAGUACCAUUAAGAAGCUGCUUGAGAAUUAUUCUGAUAGAUAUACACUUCAAGAAAGAGAUGGGGCUCUCUAUCUGGGUUGGAUGAAUAGAGAUUUAGUUGCUUCUUGUGCUUGGAAGUGAGAACUGGGCAUUCUGCGAAGUUCUUUUUGAAGUGUCUGUUAUGGGUUCUCCAUAAACACAUCAAGUGUCGAGAAAGUUCUGAAACACCCAAUUUUGUGGUUGAGCUUCUUUAAGAAGCCGAAAACAAAAUCCACUUGGCAUGUUUUUAUUUAGAGAACUCGAAAACAAACACUUAAAAAUCUCAAGUAUCAUCUGAGAAAAGUGCAGAUGAGUCUACUUAUUCUGCUCUGCAUAGUACAAAUCCCUGUUACACCAAAUAUGACUCUUCCCAUUUUCCUUGUUUCAAAAAGUUAAAUCUGAAAAUAUAGCUAGUUUUCAUUUUCUUUUUUA